AUGUCAUGGAUCUCCCCUUUCUCCUUUGUGACGAUGAUGAAAUUUGCCUGGGAUAACUACAAACAAUAUGCACUUGGAAAAAACGAGCUGCGCCCGCUGAGCAAGAACGGCCACAUUGGGAACAUGUUUGGAGGCCUUCGAGGAGCUACAGUGAUAGAUGCCUUAGAUACUCUGUACAUCAUGGAACUCGAGGAGGAAUUUCAAGAAGCAAAGAAGUGGGUGGAGAAGAGCUUUGACUUGAAUGUGAACGGGGAAGCAUCCUUGUUUGAGGUGAACAUCCGCUACAUUGGAGGACUGUUGGCCACCUACUACUUGACUGGAGAAGAGGUGUUCAAGAGUAAAGCCCUGGAACUUGGAGAGAAACUUUUGCCAGCUUUUAACACCCCCACUGGUAUCCCACGUGGCGUCAUAAAUCUGGGCAGUGGCAUGAGUUGGAGCUGGGGUUGGGCAUCUGCUGGAAGCAGCAUCUUGGCAGAAUUUGGGACCUUGCACUUGGAAUUCCUGCACCUCUCAGAGCUCUCUGGCAACCCAGUGUUUGCAGAAAAGGUGAUGAACAUCCGCAAAGUCCUGAACAGAGUUGAGAAGCCCCAGGGCCUUUAUCCCAACUUUCUCAGUCCUGUGACAGGGAACUGGGUGCAGCACCAUGUCUCCAUUGGGGGGCUUGGGGACAGCUUUUAUGAGUAUCUCAUCAAAUCUUGGCUGAUGUCAGACAAGAAAGACUCUGAAGCUAAAAGGAUGUAUGAUGAUGCACUGGAGGCAAUAGAAAAGCAUUUGGUCAAGAAGUCUGCUGGAGGAUUGACCUACAUUGCUGAAUGGAGGGGUGGUGUCCUGGACCACAAAAUGGGCCACUUGGCUUGCUUCUCUGGGGGCAUGAUAGCACUUGGAGCUGAACAUGCUGGAGAGGAGAGGAGGCAACACUACAUGGACCUGGCUGCAGAAAUAACCAACACAUGUCACGAGUCCUAUGAACGCUCAGAUACCAAACUGGGCCCCGAAGCCUUUCGCUUUGAUGCUGGAACUGAAGCCAUGGCAACCAGGCUCAGCGAGCGCUACUACAUCCUACGACCUGAGGUGGUGGAAAGCUACAUGUACAUGUGGAGGCUGACACACCACCCCAAGUACAGGCAGUGGGGCUGGGAGGUUGUGGAGGCCCUGGAAAAAUACUGUAGAGUAGAAGCUGGGUUUUCUGGCAUCCGAGAUGUUUACACCUCAACCCCAACCCAUGACAACAUGCAACAGAGUUUUUUCCUCGCAGAGACUCUGAAGUACCUCUAUCUUCUGUUCUGUGAAGAUGACGUGCUGUCCCUGGACGACUGGGUGUUCAACACUGAGGCUCAUCCCCUGCCAAUCAACCACACGAACUUUAAAGGAAGUGUGCAGUAGUGAGGCUGUUGCCCAGCACCCUGCUCCUGCAGCCUCCAUGGGUUACUGCAUUUCCUUUCCAUUAAAGGAAUUUGUCUUGUUCCUAAAAUGAUAUUUUGGGGCACUAGUCCAAUUCCGGACAGUAUUAUAUUGGAGAGAUGAAACCAUGACAUAAGCACCUUCUUUUCCUCUGUGAGGAGCUUUAUUAGCCUGAUAAUGAGAUGUUUAUUCUGGGCCAUAUUGUACACAGUUCAUAGACAUUCCUUUAUACAGAGAAUUUAUAUGAAAUCCACUGACUUUGCUUUAUAGUGGCCAAAGGACUGGAAGUUUGCCAUGAAAUAGACUU